AUGGGUGGGAGAACUCUUCUUGUCCUCACCUUUUCUCUUACUGUUCUUAGCAUUGAGCUUGGGAUUUCUCAUGGCUGCCGAGAGACGGAGAGGAAAGCCCUCAUCGACUUCAAGCGUGGACUUCAUGAUCCUUCCAAUCGUCUCUCUUCCUGGGUCGGCGAGGACUGUUGUGCGUGGGAAGGAGUUGGCUGCAGCAACAUCUCUGGUCAUGUUAUCAAGCUGGAUCUUCGAAAUAAACGUCGGACGGAUCUAACUAAGGACUGCACUCAUCAGGAGGUGUACUACUUGUUGGAUUAUUAUCCAAGAUCCGAAUUGUUGGAUGAUGAUCCAGGAUGCAGAUGGGCACUGCAUGGUGACAUAACUCCAUCACUGCGUUCUCUCCAACAACUUAGUCACCUGGACUUCAGCGGCAACUAUUUUACACAUAAACCUAUCCCCAAGUUCUUGGGAGCUUUCAGAAGACUAACAUAUCUUAACCUCUCAGGUGCAGGUUUCGUGGGUAGAGUACCUGACCAGCUCGGAAAUCUAUCCACUUUGCAGCACCUCGACCUUUCUUAUAACUGCUAUGGGGAUGAUGAAGGUGAUGACUUCUUCUGCUUGUACCUUGAGAACACGAGAUGGAUCUCUAUGCUCACUUCCCUUCGGCACCUUAACAUGAAUUGGGUCAAUUUGACAAAUGCAUCCAACUGGUUGCAAGAUUUGAACGUGCUCCCACGUGUUCAAGAGAUUGAAUUAAGUUCUUGUGACUUAGGGACCUUUCCUCGUUCGUUGUCUCAUAAAAACUUCACAUCUCUCACCACUCUUGAUUUACGAUACAAUGAUAUAAACUCCACCAUACCAGAUUGGGUGUUCAAUAUUACUAGCCUCGAGUUCCUUUAUCUUGGUGGGAAUGACCUGCAUGGAUUCUUUCCUGAUUCUGUUACAAAGUUAACGUCUCUCAGGGCACUCGACUUGUCUGGGAGUGUGUUCCAAGAUGGCUUCAUGCAGCUAGCUCCUAUAUCCAAUCUCUGCAAGCUCCAAAUUCUCUACCUGAGCCAAGUGCCUAUCAAUGAUGUGCUUGCCAAUUUAAAAAUGGUUUUCUCUGGAUGUCUUAGGAAUAGCAUGGAGGAAUUGUACCUCGGAGGCACCCAACUGAGUGGUUUCUUUCCGGAUUGGCUAGGGAACAUCAAGAAACUUAAAUCUCUUGAUCUUUCUAUCAACUCCCUCUGUGGAUCAGUGCCUGCAUCUAUCGGGAAUCUAUCAUUGCUGCAACAUUUGGAUUUAGAUUCCAAUGAUUUGAAUGGGACGAUUUCGGAAGGCAUCGGACAACUGAAGAGCCUUAUCUAUUUGGAUCUCAGUCGUAACUCGUUGAGCUUAUCGGAGGUCCAAUUGGGUAAUCUAUCAAGUUUAAGAAAUUUUACCGGAUUGGUUACUCUUGAUCUGGCUCACAACAAAUUCUUCGGCAAUAUACCAAAUUGGAUUGGAGAAAGCCUACCAUACUUAAGGACUUUCAACUUACGCUCGAAUGCCUUUACUGGCAGCAUUCCUCGGUUAUCUCAUCUUACAUCUCUUCAGAUAGUGGAUCUCUCGAAUAAUCAUCUUUCGGGAAUAAUACCAAACAGCUUUGGCAAUUUUAGUGCGUUGAAAGGCUCUCCUUCAAAGGAUUUGUACUUUCAUAAUAUUUACUAUGAGGAUUACAUGUGGCUCUUCACAAAAGGAAGCGAACUCGAAUACAACACCAUGCUACUUUCAAUCGACACAGUCAUUGAUCUCUCCAACAAUGGUUUAUCCGGUUGCAUCCCUAGAGAGUUGGAAAAUUUGCAUGGUCUGCGGAGCUUAAAUCUAUCUGGGAAUUACCUAACAGGGGAGAUACCAAGCAACAUUGAUGGAAUGCAACUACUAGAAAUUCUCGACCUCUCAAGAAACAAUCUCUCGGGUAUAAUUCCUUCGACCUUGGCAGAUUUAAAUUUCUUGAAUGAUUUGAACUUGUCAUAUAAUAAUCUCUCGGGUAAAAUCCCCACCGGAAGCCAAUUGCAAACUUUAACCGAUCCAUCUAUCUAUGCUGGCAACCCAAAUCUUUGUGGCCUUCCUCUCCCUAAAAAUUGUACGGUGAAUAUAACGAAGACUGAUGGAGAAGGGCAAAAUGAAGAUUCUUCUGAGAGUAGAAUGGAAACACUUUGGUUAUACACAAGCAUCACCCUAGGAUUUAUUACCGGAUUUUGGGUGAUUUGUGGAAGCCUUUUAUUGCGACGGACAUGGAGGAUCACGUACUUCCGUGCCACUGAUAACAUGUUUGACAAGCUAUACGUGGUGAUGGUAGUGACCGUGGCAAAAUACAAAAGAAAGCUAUGA